AUGGUUGCAACAAGGAUUGGCGAAGAGAGGGCGAGCCGCGAGCUCAAUCGACUGCAGAAGUACCACAGGAAGAUGAACGUCACAAGCGCCAAGCUCAUCGGCCCACACAUCGAUCAGCUGCACGCGCUGCCAGUGGCCAAAGCAUCGAAAUGGUUCGCCCAAUACGUCGAUUAUCAGGCGCAGUACGACGAUCUGAUGCACCUCGUGAGCAGGAUCAAGCACCUUUCCAGCAUUUCCGAAGAAACGAAGCAGAAGAUAAGAGACGCGAUUUCUCCUAUCACUGGAUUAAUGACGUUGGAGUAUAUGGAAGCUGAAACGAAGGUCAAGAAGUUCCUGGCCACGAAUUCGUUGCUGAAAGAGAUCCAGGACAAGUAUCAGAUCGAGAGAACGAGUGAUUCAGCAUCAUGGCGAGUACAGGCAAGUCCUCAAGCAUGUGAAGAGAUGGAUGCUAUUAGAGGUGAGGACGAUGAAAAGGAGGAAGAGCUAGAAGGCAUCGAAGAUGAUGGUAAUAUCUUCAUUUCUGAUUAUGAUGAUGAGGCUGAAGGCCCAAGCGAUGACCGAGAAGACCCCGAAUAUGUAGUAGAGGUCGAGGCACCGAAGAAGACAACGAGGAAGGCGAGAUGCAAGCCAGGUCCAAAGAAGGUGGUUAAGGAGCCAGAAAGGACGCGAAAAAGCCGAGAUGAUCAGCCAAAAUCAGGAGAAGGUAACUUUGAUGCUGGAGCUGGACACUCAAUCAAAUCGAUUAUGGGUUUGGUUGGACAAUGUUCAGAUGUAGAGCUACGAACUUUGCAGUCUUGUAUAGGCAUUAUGGUCAAGCCAAAGCAGAAGAAAGUGGAGGAUGAUAUUUCGAGUCAGGAUGGACCUUACUCAAGUGGUUCAGAAGACGAACGACUCUCAACCAUCUCCCGCUCCACUUGCCGCUCGAGAGCUGACAUGGUCGAGACACACAAGACGCCAGAAGAGUUCGACACCUUCUGCUUGGCCAAUGAAGUCACUCCAAAUGGAUUGGUGUGCAAGUGCCGAGCGCAUAUGAUAACGUAUGGUUCGUUAGGAAGAGGAGGUGGCCCGACUAAGAUCAAGCCAGUGACAGAAGUCUCCGAGAGAGCAUGGAAGAUGUUUAUCAACAGGUUUAACACUUUGGUUGCUCCGAACACCUUCUACACGCCCCGUGCCAAAGCGGCGAUGUUGCGGGAUAAUAUGCUAGAUAGAAUCCUCACGUACCUGGAAGGAAUUGAUGAACUAGGUGAUUCCUACUACAAGGCGGUCAUGGGAAUCCAGAAGAAGUUCACCGAGUGUGCUGUCAAACCUAUGGAAUUGAUGACGAACCUUGCAAACCUGCCGAAGGACUGUGGACUUGA